GAGGCCAGGGACUUGGUGCUGGCUGAGACCCAGAGCCCCGCUCUGCCCUGCCUGCCUGUGCCCUGGCCACCUCCUGCAGCUCCUGUCGAACCCAGGCAUGCGCUGGGGAGCUCCAAGGGGGGCACUGAAUGCUCUGCCUGUGCCCACAGAGGGGACUCCAGCUCCCACCCCCCAGAUUGCUUUUAGGAUGGCUGCAGCCCCUUCUCAUCUGGCUGCCCAUGCCCAUGGGAGUGGGGCCGUGCAUGCCCAGGGUGCCAGUUCUCAGCUGUGUAAAUGCAUCCGGGGUCCUUAUCGCUGGCAGUGCGCCCAGCUGCUCACGGCAGGUAAAUUAUUAAUGGCACUGAUAGCCUAGCGGCAGCCCCACACAGCUGUGCUGCAGGAAGGGCUGGGCGCAACAGGUGGGCAGUGCUAAACCAUCUGGAGCCCUCCUGUUGGGACUAAACCCCGCCAGGCAUCUCCUGGGCGGCUUCCCCCCCGCCCCGCAUUCCUCCCCCCUCUCAUCCUGUUCAGUGUUUGCAGGAAAACGAGCCAAGAGCCCCUCUCCUUUGCUCCAGAGAGCUCCCAAGGCUGCUGGGAUGCUGCUCUGGGUGCCCAUGCAAUAGAGGCUGUCAGCCCCAGGGUCCACCCCAUGGUGCCCCCUGCACAUGCCCAGCACUGAGCACACAGGGUAGUUUGCCAGAUGACCCAUGGCAGAGCUGAGCACCAGGUGCCUGGUGCUGGUCAGAGCAACAUGGGCACCCUAGCAGCCCCCUCGCCCAGGCUGAAGCUGGGGUCCCAGUUGCUGCCUCCCUGCAGCCGGCACCAGGGUCACCGAGUCUCCCCUGGUGAGCAAGGGGUUGAUGCUGUGAUGCAUGGCUGGAUUCUGCACCCACCCCGGCAUGGGGGGCUUCUGUGGGAAGCACCGUGCGGGAAGCACCGUGCACGAAGAGCCUGGCAGGCAAUGAGCAGGCGGAGCGGGGCUGCAUCCCCCCUGUCUUGCAGCGCGAGGGUGAGUAGCAGUUGGGGAGCACAAGGACCUGCGUAGGGACCUCCCUGCCAGGGGAAUCCCUGGGUACCAAGGGGGCAGGAGCACAUGGAACAGCCCAGGGGCAGGACAGCACAUGCUAGGGCGCAGGGUCUCGGCAGGGGCAGGAAGGGGGCAGCCCGGUCCAGCUGCACACACGCACCUGCUGCACAGGCACACAUAGGCACAUACACACCUGCACGCGCAGGCACAUACACACACCUGUUGCACAUGCAUACACAUAGGCAUGUACCCACGUGCCUGCUGCACACAUAGGCAGAUAGGCACACACCUGCAUUCACACGCACCCCUGCAUGCACAUGCAGGCACAUACACAUACACCCGCUUCACAUAAGCACAUACACACUUGCUACACACACAGAUGUAUGUGCUUCACAUGUACACUUAGGCACAUACCUACACGCCUGCUGCACAUGCACAAUGCAGGCACAUACCCACAUAUCUGUUGCAUGCACAGGCAGACCUGCUGCACAUGCACACGUAGGCACAUACCCACACGCCUGCUGCAUAUGUACAUAUGUAGGUACAUAUCCACAUGCCUGUUGAACAUGUAGGCACAUAUGCACAAUCCUGUUGUACACACAUGUGGCUGCUGCACAUGCAGGCACAUGCUGACACACCUGUUGAAUACAGACACAUGUAGGCACACACACAGGCAUGCUACACAUAUAUGCACAUACGCACAUGCCUCCUGUGCAGGCACAUGCCAACACCCCUGUUGCACACAUUCACACACAUGUUCCUGAUGCACGCACAUACACACACACCUGCUACACAAGACACACACAUGCCGCCCUAUCUGCUGCCCAUGCAGAUGCUCCUCCUGUAUGAGCACACAUGCACACACACGCAGACACACCUGCUGCACAUGCGUACGCACAUGCUCUCCCGCUCCACCUGCUACAGAGCAGCUCCCCCUCCCCAUCAGCCCCCUCUCCCCGGCCUUCCCGCACCCGCCUGCCCAGCAGAGAACAAUGCGCCGGAGGCCGGGAGAGGGCGGCUGAGCCCUGGCACACACAUGCACACACCCACAGAGCGGCUGUGUCACCAGGAGCCGGCUGCUCGCCGGUUGUUGUGUACAGUUUGAGGAUCUCCAGGGGACUGGCAGCUGGGACAGGCGGCAGCGAGGCAGAGACAGGCUCAUUUCCCUGCCAGCCUCGGGCCCGGGGAGGGCAGUGCCAGGGGGGCAAUGCCUCUCCCCGCUUCCCGCUGGCUCUGCUAGCCCCGUGGGGCGCAGGAAGCAGGCACGGCCCCAUGCCCAUGGAUGGGGGGCAGCUGGCGGGCCAAGCACCUGCUUUGGGCAGGGUUCAAGUGCAUCCAGGGUGCUUGGGAAACAGCUGAUGCCAGGACGGGCGCAGCCUGGCAGAGCCAUGCAGGUGGCAUCGGCCGCCCAUCCCCACUAGACUGCGCAGCGCCGGCCGGACUAUGAAGGACACGGGGGACUCCAAGGACCAGCAGCUCACCGUAGCCCUACGGAUCCGGCCGAUCAGCGUGGCCGAGCUGGAGGAGGGCGCCGCGCUCAUUGCGCACCGGGUGGACGAGCAGGUGGUGGUGCUGAUGGACCCCAUGGAAGACCCCGACGACAUCCUGCGCGCCAACCGCUCCCGCGAGAAGUCCUACGUCUUUGACGUGGCUUUCGACUUCACCGCCACCCAGGAGGUUGUGUAUCGCGCCACCACCAAGGGCCUCAUUGAGGGCGUCAUCUCCGGCUACAACGCCACCGUCUUUGCCUACGGCCCCACCGGCUGCGGGAAGACGUACACGAUGCUGGGCACGGACCAGGAGCCGGGCAUCUACGUGCGCACCCUCAACGACCUGUUUCGCGCCAUCGAGGAGACCAGCGAUGACAUGGAGUACGAGGUCUCCAUGUCCUACCUCGAGAUCUACAACGAGAUGAUCCGGGACCUGCUGAACCCGGCGCUGGGCUACCUGGACCUGCGGGAGGACUCCAAGGGCGUCAUCCAGGUGGCCGGCAUCACCGAGGUCUCCACCAUCAAUGCCAAGGAGGUCAUGCAGCUGCUGACAAAGGGCAACAAGCAGCGGAUGCAGGAGCCCACGGCCGCCAACCGCACCUCGUCGCGCUCCCACGCCGUGCUGCAGGUCACCGUCCGCCAGAAGAGCCGCGUCCGCAACGUGCUGCAAGAGAUCCGCCUCGGCCGCCUCUUCAUGAUCGACCUGGCCGGCUCCGAGCGGGCCUCCCAGACGCAGAACCGGGGGCAGCGGAUGAAGGAGGGCGCCCACAUCAACCGCUCGCUGCUGGCACUGGGCAACUGCAUCAACGCCCUGAGCGACAGGGCGGGUGCCAAGUACGUCAACUACCGCGACAGCAAGCUCACCCGCCUGCUCAAGGACUCGCUGGGGGGCAACAGCCGCACGGUGAUGAUCGCGCACAUCAGCCCGGCCAGCACUGCCUUCGAGGAGUCGCGCAGCACCCUCACCUACGCCGACCGCGCCAAGAACAUCCGCACCACGGUGAAGAGGAACCUGCUGAACGUCUCGUACCACAUCGCGCAGUACACCAGCAUCAUCUCCGACCUGCGCCGCGAGAUCCAGCGCCUCAAGGGCAAGAUUGACCAGCAGGGCUCCCGCCCGCCCGACCACGGCAACAUCCGCCACAUCCAAGCCGAGGUGCAGCUGCACAGCUCCCAGUGCACACGGAGGGAGACGGAGCAGCUGCAGGCACAGCUGGUGGGCACCUUCCAGGAGCAGAUGGACGUGCGACGCCACCUCCUGACACUGGACAACGCCUGCACGGAGGUGCAGCUGGAGAGCUCCCGCCACCUGCUCACCGUGGCUGACUGGGAGCAGGAGAAGACGCGGCGUGCCCAGAAGCGGCGGGGAGAGCGGCGGAAGGAGACGCGGGGCAAGGACGAGAGCGAGAAGGACUCGGACACGGGGGACGACCAGUCGGACGCGCCUGAGCCUCCUGAGGUGGCCGUGGCCCGUGAGGCCAUCGCUGCCCUGCUGGGCGAGCAGAAGAAGCUGCACAAGCAGAAGGGGGAGCUGGAGUGGCGGCUACGGGAGCUGCAGCAGCGAGGCCGGCAGCUGGAGGAGGCGCUGCCACGGCCCGUGGGCGCAGAAGAGCAGCGCGAGGCACUGGGGCUGCUGUGCCGCGUGCGCCAGCUGGAGGCAGAGAGUGCAGCCCUGCAAUUGCACCGGGACGACGCGGCGCAACGCUUCGAGCAGCAUCGCCGCCUCUGCCACCAGAUCAUCCGCCAGCAGCGCCAGCUCAUCCGUGAGUACCACCUGUCGGUGCCACGGCACUUGGAAGAGCUGUACGAGAUCUACCUGCGGGAGCUGGAGGAGAGCGGCCUGGACCGCGUGGCCAGCAAGACCCUCAAGGACAUGCCUCUGCCCAAGCUCCCCCAGCUCCCGGUGGGCGACGGCGCGCUGGACUCGGACCAGGAGAGUGUGAGGACGCUGGGCUCGGAGCCCCCGGCACCGCCGCCGCGGGAUUCCCGCAGGAGCACCCUGCCCCCGUUGGUUGGCGAGGCAGAGAGCAACCCAGCCCAGAUGUUCAAGGCCAGCCCGCGGGCACAGCUGCUCAAGAGCUCGGCCGUGCAGACGCCACCCCCCAUCCACAUCAACGGCCUGGUGACCCAGGAGUGCCCGCCCCGGGACAGCCUGGUGAGCCUGGGCAGCCAACGCACCUCCUCCCCGGAUAGCGGCGAGCUCUGCACCGACUUCGCCCUUGCGCACAGAGCAGAGCUCAAGGAGAUCCUGAGUGGCACCAAGAGCAUCGCGGUAAAGGCUGCCCGGCGCCGCUCCCAGGCCCUGGAGUGCGACCGCCUGCCCCUGCUGGAGCCGGCCAAGGAGCCCAGCAGCCUGUCGCUGCACUCGCUGAGCGAGAGCGAGGACCCCCUGUCCCCCGCCACCCCCCUGGGCCGCCGAGCACCGAGCCCCAGCUUGCCACACGCCGCCAGCGAGGACAACCUGUCCAGCAGCACUGGGGAGGCGGGCUCGCGGGCUGGUGGCACGCUCCCCAACCGCUCGCCCGGGCCCUGGCUCCGGGCGCACAAGAAAGGCAGCAAGAAGCUGGAGAGGCGGGAGGAGUCGCUGGAUGCCAAGCGGAGGAGGCGGCGGUCCCGGUCUUUCGAGGUCACCGGCCACGGGCUCUCUGGCCUGAAGAGCAAUGUGCCGCGUUGCAGACCACUGGAGAGCAGCUCCGAGCACCGGCUGCUGGGAGGCAGUCAGCUGGCACCGCCCGCCCGGGCGCCCAGCAAAGCCCCGCUGCACCUGGCCAAGGUGCGGCUGCCGCAGAGCCAGCCCCCAGGUCCCGAGGACUCGCCUGCACUCCCCCUGGCCCUGCCCCACCCCGGCGGCUUGAAGAAAGGCCCCGCCACCAGCCAGCGCCCCCGGCCUGGCUACAUCGCGGUGAACGCUGGCAGCAAGGACAGCCGGAGCCGCAGAUACUGAGGGGCUGAGCCCAGCUGGAACGGCCCAGGUUUCGCUGCCCCGCAGCGCUGGGAAGCUUGGGGUCACCCCCCUGCUGUGGGGGCCGUGCCAGGCCUGGGGCACCCGGGGAGGACAGGGGUUGAAAUCAGGCCCUCCUGGACUGGGGAAUCCUGCCUGCCAAGGGGUCACAGGACCCGUGGCAUUUGGGGUGUCUGCAGACUCCCACCCCGUUGACGGGAGCCCCGGGGGGCUUCUGCAUUUCCAAGCAGCUGCUCUGGCCAUGACUCACGUUGCCAAACUCCUGGCUGGAAAGGGGCCCAAUCCUGGCCCUUUUGCAGCCGGCUGGAGCUGUGGUGCCCAGGAUUGGGGGCCCCCGGGGGCUUGUCGAUAGGCCCAGACCGGUGCAGGGUGCAGGGCACAGAGGCAGCACCGUGGUUCGCGUUGCUCAGUCAGGCUGUAUUAAACACCGUGGCCGAGA